UACCCAAGAGUCCACACAACAUUGUGUUCUUUUUGUCAGAGACUUUUGAACACAAAACUGGGAACAUGAAAUUGUACCUCGUCGUAGUUAAUUUCUAAAACCCCUUCAUCGUGUGUUUCCAUCCAUUCCGAUCAGUCAAAACACCGCAGCUUCUCCAUCAACGGUGAUCCUCCGAUGAAUCUCCACCGUCAAAGAGGAAUCACGUUGGUUCAAGGGUACCUCGGUCUCAUGUUGAAUUAGAAAGCGAACUUUGAUCAUCCAAAACACUGCCCCAGAAAUUCCAAUUUGCAGAAACGAUAAUUGGGAUAUAGAUUUGGCAAAAUCACAAUGAGAAGAAGGCCUGGAAUUGGAGGGUUGCAGACAGCUGCUGCUGCAAGGGAUCAAUAUCGGUUGCUGGGUGAGAAUGUAGCCAAGAUCAGAACCGAUAUGAUGAAGGAGCAGCUUUCCACUUUUCGCUCUCAGCUUGAAGAUUUUGCUCGCAAACACAAGAAUGAUAUCCGCAAGAACCCUGCAUUCAGAUCACAGUUUCAUGAGAUGUGUGCUAAAGUUGGAGUAGAUCCUUUGGCCUCAAAUAAGGGUUUCUGGGCAGAGCUGUUAGGAAUUGGUGACUUCUACUAUGAACUUGGAGUACAAAUAGUGGAUAUUUGCCUGGCCACUAGACCCCACAAUGGAGGAUUGAUCAACCUGCAGGAACUCUGCAGUCUCCUUCGUCAAAGACGAAAAAGUGAUCGUGGAGUUGUAACUGAGGAUGAUUGCUUGCGUGCUAUCAGUAAGCUGAAGGUGUUAGGUAGUGGUUUUGAAGUUAUUUCUGUUGGAAAGAGAAAACUUGUUCGCUCGGUUCCAACUGAAUUAAACAAAGACCACAAUGAAAUUCUAGAACUUGCCCAGGCUCAAGGGUUUGUGACAGUCGAUGAAGUAGAGAGGCGGCUAUCCUGGACCUCGGGUCGUGCCAUUGAUGCCCUUGACACAUUACUUGAUGAGGGACUUGCAAUGAUCGAUGAUGGCCAUAGGGAUGGUAAACGGCGAUACUGGUUUCCUUGUGUAUCUCCCAUCUCAUCUUUGAUAGGAAUUGAUUCCUGACAAAUUUGUUAAAAAGAAACUGAGGUUUAUUAGUUAGGGACAGAGAUUUAGAUGUUAAUGAUCUAUCUUUGAAUUUAAUGUGUGACAAUAUUAUGACAUUGUGUGAGUUUGAUUCAUGUACCCACAUGGUGGGAAAAGGGUUGUAUCACUUGUAUGUUGUUUAUGGAAACUGAGGUCAACUUUUUUUUAAGACCUAUAUUUUUAUUGUUGCAAGCUUCCAUUUGGUUA